GUCAGGAGCUCAGCGGGGACCGAGCCUGGGAGGCCGGCCGGCGCCAGCACCUUUCGGCUUCUGGGACGGCAGCGGCAGCGGCAUUCAAGUUCUAAAUGGCUUCUAAGAAGUUGGGUGCAGAUUUUCAUGGGACUUUCACUUACCUUGAUGAUGUCCCAUUUAAGAUAGGAGACAAAUUCAAAACACCAGCUAAAGUUGGUCUACCUAUUGGCUUCUCCUUGCCUGAUUGUUUGCAGGUUGUCAGAGAAGUACAGUAUGACUUCUCCUUGGAAAAGAGAACCGUUGAGUGGGCUGAAGAUAUUAAGAAAAUCCAAGAAGCCCAGCGGGAAGCAGAGCGCAAGGCUGAGGAAGCAGAAGCUAAAGUGAAUUCUAAGAGUGGCCCAGAGAGUGACAGCAAAACGAGCUUCUCCAAGACUCACAGUACAGCCACAAUGCCACCUCCUAUUAACCCCAUCCUUGCCAGCUUACAGCACAACAGCAUCCUCACCCCGACUCGGGUUAGCAGCAGUGCCACGAAACAGCAAGUUCUCAGCCCACCCCACACAAAGGCAGAUUUCAAUCCUGCUGACUUUGAGUGUGAAGAAGACCCAUUUGAAAAUCUGGAGCUAAAAACUAUUGAUGAGAAGGAAGAGCUGAGAAACAUUCUGGUAGGAACCACUGGACCCAUUAUGGCUCAGUUAUUGGACAGUAACUUGCCUAGAGGAGGCUCUGGGUCCGUGUUACAGGAUGAGGAGGUCCUGGCAUCCCUGGAGCGGGCAACCCUAGAUUUCAAGCCUCUUCACAAACCCAAUGGCUUUAUAACCUUACCACGGUUGGGCAACUGUGAAAAGAUGUCACUGUCUUCCAAAGUGUCCCUCCCCCCCAUCCCUGCAGUAAGCAAUAUCAAAUCCCUGUCCUUCCCCAAACUUGACUCUGAUGACAGCAAUCAGAAGACAGCCAAGCUGGCAAGCACUUUCCAUAGCACAUCCUGCCUCCGCAAUGGCACGUUCCAGAAUUCCCUAAAGCCUUCCACCCAAAGCAGUGCCAGUGAGCUCAAGGAGCAUCAUACUCUUGGGCUUUCAGCUUUGAACUUGGACAGUGGCACAGAGGUGCGGACCCUGACCCCUUCUGAUCUGAUCUCCCAGAUGCCUUCCCUCUCUGUCUUGUCUGUAUGCACAGAAGAAUCAUCACCUCCAAAUACAGGUCCCACGGUCACGCCGCCUAAUUUCUCAAUGUCACAAGUGCCCAACACUCCCAGCUGUCCCCAGGCUUACUCUGAACUGCAAACACUAUCCCCCAGUGAGCGGCAGUGUGUGGCGACAGUGGUGAACAUGGGCUACUCGUAUGAGUGUGUCCUGAGAGCCAUGAAGAAGAAAGGAGAGAAUAUUGAACAGAUUCUUGACUAUCUCUUUGCACAUGGACAGCUCUGUGAGAAGGGCUUUGACCCUCUUUUAGUGGAAGAGGCUCUGGAAAUGCACCAGUGUUCAGAGGAAAAGAUGAUGGAGUUUCUUCAGUUAAUGAGCAAAUUUAAGGAAAUGGGCUUUGAACUGAAAGACAUUAAGGAAGUUCUGCUAUUACACAACAAUGACCAGGACAAUGCUCUGGAAGACCUCAUGGCUCGGGCGGGAGCCAGCUGAGACCAGGCCCUGCUUAGGCCCUGCCACGGAACCACCCCCACAGGAGGCCCUGAGGAGCCCACCUGUGGGGAAGAAGGGGCACACUUUGGAAUUUUCUUUUGGGGAUGGAAGGUCAGGUGUGGAGACUGUGCUUGUCAGUCU